GUCUCGAACGCAGUCAUGGAGAGUCAUUUCACAAUUGUAUCGUUGGCAUCCUUGAGAUAAGAUAGACAUCAACAAUGUGAGACUAAAAACAAUUCAACGGCCCAAAAAUAUUGAGAGUUUGAAAGUGACCAAUACCAUGGAUUUACCAGAAACAUACGUGCCUGGUUUCCAUUACGAAAAUGCUGUUAGGAGAAUGAAAUACAACGAGUUAGGAGAUACAGGAAUUAAUGUUUCUGAAAUAUCACUUGGUACAGCUGGAUUCUGUUAUUUCUAUGGUAACUACGAUGUAGAAGAAUGCAGAAAAACCGUUCACGAAGCAAUAAAAAAUGGUAUAAAUUUUAUUGAUACUGGUCCUUGGUAUGGCCAUGGAGUUGCAGAAGAAAUACUGGGAAAGUGCUUGAAGGGGGUUCCUAGAAAGGCCUAUUAUAUUGGCACCAAGGUAGGGCGCUACGAAAAAGACCCGGAGCUAAUGUUUGAUUUUUCUAUGAAAAAGACGAAGGAGAGCAUUGACAUUUCUUUGAAGAAGUUGGGAAUCGAUUACGUUGACAUCCUGCAGAUACACGAUAUAGAAUUUGCUCCUAGCCUGGACUUCAUCUUCAACGAAACUCUGCCCGCUGUGGUAGAUAUUGUAAGAGCUGGAAAAGCCAGAUUCAUCGGGAUAACCGGAUAUCCUGUUUCCACUCUCCUGGAGUUCAUCCAAAAAAGCAGCGUUCAGAUUCACACGAUAUUGUCUUACUGUAGACUAACUAUGAUAGAUGAUACAUUGAAGUCAUUCAUACCUGAAUUGGAGGAAAGGAAAAUUGGCAUCAUUAAUGGCGCACCGAAUUCAAUGGGAUUAUUGAGUAAUUUCGGACCCCAAAAAUGGCAUCCUGCUUGUCAAGAAAUUAAAGACAUAUGUUCUCAAGCUAGGAAUUUAUGCAAGGAAAAUGACAUAGAACUGGGAAAAUUGGCAGUCUACUACAGCCUGCAACAAGAAGGGCCAGCAACUGUGCUAGUAGGAAUGAAUUCGAUGAAAUUGUUGGAAUGCAACUUGGAUGUUGUAUUAAAUGGAUUGUCUGAACGAGAGCGAGAUGUUUACGAAAAAGUUUUAAAGAUUUUCGCAAAGUUAACCACUAAGCACUGGGAAAACUGAAGUAAAGGGGAAAAUGAAGCAGAAUAUUUCAAGUAAAAUAGAAAAAACAUAUAGUCCUUAUUUCAAAACCAUACGUUUACGUAUGGCUGAUUCAUACAGAAAUAAUAAAUUUUAAAAUUUUCAACAUUUUACAUAAGAUAUGUUAUAUACUCUACCAAUACCAUACUUGUAAUGUAUUGUGCCACCGCUAAGAGACAACUGGCUGAAGCGGUGUAUUGUAAAUAAAAAAUAAAUAAAUGAACUGAAGUUACUUAAACCGGA